AUGGCAACCUUGUCAACUGUGAAGGUUUCCUCCCAUUGCAUGUUUCAAACUCCAAGCAAAAAUCAAUCCACUGUUGCCACCAAAGUGAAGUGCCCUUCUUCUCUUGGGUCUGUGAAGAGUGUUUCCAGAUCUUUUGGUUUGAAGUCAUCCUCUUCAUUUAGAGUGACUGCCAUGGCAUCUUACAAGGUCAAGCUGAUUGGUCCUGAUGGAAAAGAGAACGAAUUUGAAGCCUCAGAAGAUACUUACAUCCUAGAUGCAGCAGAGGAUGCCGGAGUUGAACUUCCUUACUCCUGCCGUGCUGGAGCUUGUUCUACCUGUGCUGGGAAGAUUGUUUCUGGUUCUGUGGAUCAGUCUGAUGGCUCAUUCCUUGAUGAUAACCAAAUGAAGGAAGGUUAUGUUCUUACCUGUGUCUCCUAUCCAACUGCAGAUUGUGUAAUUGAGACUCACAAGGAAGGAGAGCUCUACUGA